ACUUUUACUUUAGUCAGAAAACAGGUUUGCUUUUUUAACUGACAACUUUAUCUGAAGGCAGGUAACAUGAGUGUCACAGACGAUGGAAUCACAAAUGCCUCGACAGAUAUCUUUUAUCCAGCGUUUACAUUUUACCACGUCAAAGACUUGAACAAUGUUGAAUCCAUUUUCAAACCUACCCUUUAUUGCAUUAUAGCCUUCUGCGGUCUUGUUGGAAAUUCCUUGGUAUUGUGGAUAUUAAUGUGCAUUAAGAAGAUGAAUUCAGUGACUGAUAUAUAUCUUCUAAACAUGGCCGUUUCCGACUUACUGUUUGUCUUUUCACUGCCAUUUGCAGUAUAUCAAAUCAAAGACCAGUGGGUGUUUGGAAAUGCAAUGUGUAAAAUAUUGUCUGUGAUAUAUUAUACUGGUUUUUACAGUGGUAUUUUCUUUAUAACAGUUUUGAGUGUAGACAGGUAUUUAGCAAUUUUACGUGUUGUUUUUUCUCUCAAGUUUAGAACUAUGAAAUUAGGGCUUUUUCUUAGUUUUACUAUUUGGACCUUUUCUGUUCUGUUGUCUAUACCAAAUGUCCUAAUUCACAAAGAAGAGACGGAAAAAGGUUUCACAUUUUGUGCAGUUUCGUACCCUGAAGACCAAAAUAUACACUGGACAGAACUGUUUUCACUUUUACAAGUCAACAUCUUUGGUUUUAUUAUUCCUCUUGCUGUUAUACUGUUCUGUUACUCUCACAUUAUUAGGGCUUUACAGAACAGUAGGAGUGUGCAGAAAAAAUAUGCUGUCAGAUUGAUUCUUGUAAUUGUCAUUGUGUUUUUUUUGUUUUGGACUCCUUAUAACGUGGUUAUUUUUUUAACAAUUUUGGAUACUAUUGGCACAUUUGGUGCCUCCAAUUUUACAAACUGGUUGAAGGACGCAAAGGAUGUAACUCAGACAAUAUCGUUUGUACAUUGCUGUUUAAAUCCUGUUGUGUACUCUAUUGCUGGUGAAAACUUUAGGAAGCAUCUGUACAAUAUGUUUUUUAAGCUUUUAAAAUGCAUGCGCCUUAAAAGACAUUGGGGCUCAAUUGAAAACUCGGGCAUAGAUAAAAAGUCUUCCACAGGAAAAGACACAAAAUCUCUUUCUUUUACUGAUACUAUUGUGUGAAUUAAGCAAAUAAAAUCCCAAACACAACUAGGAAAAUCCCAAACUGUUUGUCCGCUUCAGUUCUGUUUAUGUGCUGUAUCCAGAUAUCUCAAGAUUAAAAAUAUUUACUCUUUCAAGCACUAAACCAUUAAUUAAAAGAAGGACUUGUUUAUAAAAUAUUAUCCGGGGCAAUGAUUCAUGUACGAUUGGGAAAUUCCAUGUAAAAUGUGGUUUUGAUCUCUGAUCCCCCCCCCCCCCACACACACACUAAACUAGUGAAAAUGAAUACAGUAGGUCUACUUGAAUUUUUUAGAUUUAUACUAAAUCCUGUGAGCUACUGGUACUCCAGGUGUGACAGCGAGUACAGAUGUGUCUUUAUACACCGUGUUUCUGUGCUGUAUUGCAAAAGACACUAGUCACAAUUUAUAUGUCCAUGGACAGCUAGUUUUGUACAGAUGUGUUCACUUUCAUCUAGCCUCUAUGCACAUUAAACAGCCCUUCUAGUCACGCCAUGCUGUGGUGUGACUCGGUAGCACCGAACAUCUUUACAUGCAACUUUUUCCAUUAAAAUGCAUCUUAUUCACAAAACUAUAUAAAAA